AUGCCCAAACCGCGAGCAGUCGACGGAACGUCCUUCGGCAUACCUUGGGUGCAAGGUGAGGUUGAUCGGACGACUCCAAUUGCUCUCACAUCCUCGGACGUUUCUAUACUGAUCCAGACAUGGCCGUUAGCCUAUUGGAUGGAUGGCAGCCUGAAAUGGACAGGGCACGCAUUGGCAGCUGACAGUCCCUUGCGUGAUACAUUCAAGAUAUCGACCGACACUCCUACAGAACCCUCUUUGCCAGUUUCUGUAUCUGAGUCUUCCACAGAGAUUACUAUCACCACUGGCUCAUUCACAGCCGUCUUCAAUACAUCUGGCGACGUGUUGAUCCAAUCACUUGGAUUCGAUGGACAAGUCAAGGCGCAGAACGGCUCCCUUGUCGUCCAUCUUCAAAACAGUCCUGACGAACCAGAGCUUGUGGGAGACAAACCGAGUAGCGGCCCUGUUCGUACAGUCAUAAAGAUGACUGGGAAGUAUGCAGGGCCAGGGCAUGUCGCUUUUCUACCUUUCAUUGUCAGGUUUUAUGUUUCUGCCGGCGCGACUUCAAUUCGAUUGGUACAUUUCUUCAUUGGUGACCAGACGCAGGACUUCAUCAAGGGACUGGGCCUCACUUUUGCAGCUCCCCUCAGUGAUCUACUCCAAGAUCGACAUAUUCGUUUUGCUACUGCAGAAGGUGGUAUAUGGGGUGAAGCGGUUCGGCUAUUAUCCGGGUUGCGUCGAGACACCACCGAUGCUGUCCUUGUUCCUCAAUUUGAAGGGGAGGCUACCCCAGAUAUAUCUACGUGGCCAGAGACAGUUUCUUCUGGUAUCGAUGAUCUCCCCGUAUGGGCGGACUUCACGCUAGAUCAACUGUCGUCGGCGCAUUUCACGAUCAAGAAGAGGUCUACCGGAGGUAGAAAUGCAUCAUUCAUUGACCAUGCAGGCUUCGGAACAAGGGCGGCAGGAGUUGGAUACGUUGGAGGUGCAAACGGUGGCGGGACUCUAUUCGGAUUCAGAGGUGCAGGAGGUGAUACAGCCACAGUCACUCUGUGGGCGUAUAGUCCAAGAGCUCCUGCUAUUGACAUGCGACAUUAUGACACGGUGGCCCACGGUUUAGAUUUAACCUACGAAGAUGUAGGCGACCCAGACCCUAAUCCAGUAGGCAUUGGACGGUCAUACGAAAUUUCGUUGCAAGUGGUCAGCUCUACACCCUCCCGAGACUCAAUCGCUCAGUGGGCCGGUGCCAUCACCAAAGUCUCCCAAAUUGUCGCAAGCCCUGAAUUCUAUGCAGUUCACAGGCCAAAUAUUAUUGGUGCUGUUCCGAAUCCAACAACUAGUGGAGCAGCAGAUAUCGAGAAUAGAAAGAGCGCUCUACUCGACUUCUAUGUUGCAGAAAUCGAUCAGAGACGGUUCUACGGCUUUUGGAAUUAUGGGGAUGUAAUGCACACAUAUGAUGAAACUCGCCACACUUGGAGGUACGACGUUGGAGGAUAUGCUUGGGACAACGGAGAACUUGCGUCGGAUCUCUGGCUUUGGAUGUCGUUCCUUCGCACGGGUCGCGCCGACGUCUUCCGCAUCGCCCAUGCUAUGACUCGCCAUCUGUCUGAAGUAGACUUCCAUCACAUUGGCCCCUUUGCGGGUUUGGGAAGUCGACACAAUGUUUCACAUUGGGGCGAUGGCGCGAAAGAGGUUCGCAUUACAGGAAGCACGCUGAAACGACCAUUCUACUAUCUCACAGCGGAUGAGCUUAUCGGAGAUAUUAUAGAUUAUUCUUUGCAGGCCGAUGAAACAAUUGUGACAUGGGAGCCUCUGAGAAAAGUUUUGGUUCCUCCUGAUCCCGCUGCGUGUCCUGGACGAGUGAGAAUUGGACCAGAUUGGACCACGUUGGCUGGAAAUUGGUUCACUAAAUGGGAACGAACUAACGAUUCGCAGUGGCUUGACAGGAUCAAGACUGGGAUGCAUGACAUAGGCACCUUCAAAUUCGUGAGGCAUCGAGUUGUUUCUACAGAACUAGGGCACUCUAACUAUUUAGAUUCAAUCUCAAUGAUUUUUGGGGGCGGAGAAUUCCUGAUGGAGGCCAUGGAGGUGAUCACGGAUGAGCCUGAUUUUGACACAGCUUGGGUAGACUUUUGCAAGAUAUUCAAUGCGUCCGGCGCAGAUAAGAUGGCGAGAGACGGAAUCUCGUUUAGUAGCGGAUUUGCAUACUGGUAUGCCAAACUGCAGGCUUAUGCUGGUGAGCGUCUAAACGAUAAUACCAUAAAGCAAGCCGCUUGGACGUCAUUGAAAUCCUCAGACAUUGGUGUCUGGGAUCCCGUUGCCCAGAUCGGUGGAACGGAUGUGAUUAACCCUAUUAAUGAAAUCCCAGAUCUUGCUACCAAUGACGCGAGUCAGCUAUCUUUGACAGAGUAUGCGAUUCUAGCCAUUGCACCAGAGUUCGCACCCAACACUGUUCGAGGUAACGCUAAGAAAGGCCAGUAA